AUGGGCUCAGAAAGAAGGAAUACCCUCCCACUCAAGUUCAAGCUUCCUAGAAUGGACACCCUGAUAACUCUCCGCAACAAGGUGACUCCUUGCAAGAAGAACAACUUCAUCUGCAGAUAUGGGCGGAUCCUCGAUCUCAUUACUACUCCGAUAGAAGUAUCAGCUUUGGUGGCUUUGUCCCAGUAUUAUGAUCCACCUCUCAGAUGUUUCACGUUCCAAGACUUCCAGCUGGCUCCAACUAUUGAAGAGUAUGAGAGACUCCUAGGUUGGUACGUGAAGGACCACCCUCCAUUCACUAAGUUGGGCGAACCAUUGAUGCCUGAAUCAGUCGCUGAAGCACUUCAUCUACCUAUUGAAGAGGUCUCCCUUGGUCUGGGACCAAGGGGGUUUGCUAGAAAGUUCUUGGAAGAAAAGGCGUGGGCCUUGGAAAAAGAGGGGAAAUGGCUUCUUUUCAGUGCCAUCCUUGCUCUACUGAUUUAUGGAGUCAUCCUGUUCCCAAAUGACGACGACUACAUAAACCGCUCCAUCAUCAGUGUGUUUGUGUCUGGGAAUCCUGUCCCUGCAUUGGUGUCUGAUGUGUACUACUGCUUGCACACUAGGCAUGAGAAGAGAAAGGGCGUCGUUUUGAGCUGUGCUUCCUUGUUGUAUGGUUGGCUCAUGUCUGAUAUGCCUCAAAAGGGGCCUUGGGUGGACUUCCUGAAAGAUUUGAGGUGGUCCCAGAAGUUUGCUUCUCUCACCGCCGAAGCUUUGGUGUGGUACCUUCCUGCCUCUGACGUAGAGCAAGUGAUCAUGAGCUGUGGAGACUUCCCGAACGUGCCACUCAUGGGUCCACGAGGUUGCAUCAAUUACAACCCUUCGUUGGCCCUGAGGCAAUUGGGAUACCCAAUGGAGAAUGAACCGAGAGUUAAACUACUAAAGGACUUCAUCUUGCCUGAUGUGGGAACAGAGAACCCAACUCUGUUGCAGAGGGUUAAGAGAGCUUGGACCCAGAUUCAUCGCAAAGGCAAAGAGCUAGGCAAGCGUGAUUGCCGAGCUAAAGAGCCGUACCGCCAAUGGGUGGUGCAAAGGGCUAAGGAAGUCAAGAUGACAUACAGUGUGGAUGUCUCGGUUCCUCCUCCAGAACCAGAACCAGUGCAUGCUUCUAAGGAAGAAGUGGACGCAUUGAAAGCAACUAUCGCACAGUUGACCAAAGAAAAUGAGGACUUGCGAUCGAAGCUCCAUGCAUUGGAUAGAGACCAUGCUAGGCUGAAAAGGAAGAGUGAGGAGGACCUUGAGCUUUUGGAAGAAAGCAGAAAGAAGGCUAAAAUUGAGGAAGAUCUUAAAGAGAAGUACCAAGAGGGUUUGGCUCAAGCGGAUAUGGGGUUGAGUUCUCUCUGUAAACAGCUGAAACAGACAGAGAAAGAACGAGGGGACAACCACCAUUGGUUCGAGUUGGCUGUCAAGGAGAAGAAAGCAUUAAGAGAUGUGACUGACAUGGAGAUUUAG